UUUUUUUAAAAAUUGAAAAUUAAAAGAAAGAAGUUAUGCCCUGCCUAACAGUAAACUACAUUUUCUAUAGAGAUGUGCUACACUAGUGAAGAAUUAAGAGAAGGCAGAUUUGCAUCUUGUAGACCUGCAAGUUUUAACAAUGAACACCCUGAUAAAAAGACCAGUAUAAAAAGUUUGCGCAUGUUAUAUAAAGUAGUGAAGUAUCUCAGGCAAAUGGACAGGGUCAAAAUAAAUGUUAUGUUUGCCCUAAGCUCUUCAUGUUUGAAAGGGUUCAAUGGGAAUGUUGAUGUGGGAUCAUUGGAUGACUAUCUGCAACACAGGGGACCAGCUACAGAAAGUUUAACAAAGGUCUUCACAAAGCAAAUUCUAAAGGGCCUUGAAUACUUACAUGACAGGGAAAUAACCCAUGGAAAUUUGACAUGUAUCACAGAUAACUUUUGUUAUUUGUUACCAACCAAUGAGUUAUGGUUAUUACUAGCAAAAAUACUUUACUUGGGCAUCAUCUGAAUCUAAGGCUCUCAAAUUUUGAUGUAGCAAAUACUACUGCAGGCCUCUGUAAAUGCUUACCAGUUUGUCCAAAAGAAACUGUUCAGAGACCCAACACCAGUUGUUUUCCUGAUAACUUGGUCAACAAACACAGAUUUGAUCUUUGGUGUGUUGGUUGCGCUGUAAUACAAAUGCUGUCCGGCACUCUCACCUGUACUGGC